AUGUACGGCAAAAAACCAGUGGAUCACCCGUUAGGGUGGUUGGUUGCUUUUGGAUCGUUCUUAGUUCAGUUUUCAGUUUUCGGUGCCAUGAACUCCUUUACCAUAUUUCUUGACAGUAUGAUGAAUGAUGAAACUCUAAGCUACCCUUCCCAAACGACAUUAAGUCUAGGCAGCUCAAUUUCUAUGGGUCUUGCCUCAGUUUUUGGGAUGGUGGGCGGUGUGUUAGCAGAUCGUAUACACCCUAAAGUAUUACUAUCUUUUGCUAUGGCGGGUAUUUAUGCUGCUCUUCUAAUGAGUUCAUAUUUUGCAAAGUCGGGUAUUGGAGUAUCACUUUUUUUUGCCCUUCCGAUUUCGCUUAGUGCCGGUAUGACGAUGAUACCUACGGCGGCGGCCACCUCAACAUGGUUUGAAAAACACAGGGCUACAGCUAUAGGAAUUGUUUAUGCAGGUGGAGGUUGUGGAAGUGUUGUUUUCCCUCUUUUUUGUGGACCUUUCUUGGGUAAAUACGGUUGGCGGUCCACUUUUCGCAUACUAACAUUGCUUGUAUCAUCUGGAGUGAUUGGUACAUUGCUGGUUGAAAAACGUUCCCUUCCUUCUCAAGAGGUUAAUGAGGAGGAACUUAUUGUGGGGUCUACGAUGGUAACUUCUUUUAUGGGACAAAGGACUUUUCGUAACAGUCAUUUGAAACCAAAAGAGGUUUUAAAAUUUAUUUUUGCACGUAUUUUCGUAGCCUCCUUCGUGUGUCAGAUAUUUUAUUCAUUUGCUUUUUAUGCUGCCAUAUAUGUUUGUGUUCCAUUGGCACUCGCCAUGGGAAAGGAUGGAACAGUCUAUCAGGACGAAGCUCCGAUUGAUCCAGGUGCUGCAGGACGUCUUAUUACAUGGUUUGGUAUAGCACAAACUAUUGGGUCUUUUUCUGGUGGACUAAUUUCUGCCCAUUUUGGUUCUGAGGCUGUAUUUUGUCUUUGUUGCUCUGUCACAGGCAUUGGUUUUUGUUUUUUGGCUCUAGCCACCACUUAUAUUGAGUUAUUAAUUGCAUUAAUGGUAUUGGCGUUGUUUGCUUCCGCUACACUAUCAACUUACUCUUCAAUAUUGGCUCAUAUUUUUUAUGGGGCUAAUCUUGGUACCUCUAUGUCUUUGGUUUUUCUGGGAGGAUGUGUAAGUGGUUUCGCUGGGCCCCCCAUUCUAUCGGCUAUGCAGGGUGCAACAAAUGGUGACUACACAUAUGGGUGCAUAUUAACUAGUGGAUUCGCCGUUGCUGCUGCCUAUAUCUGUUAUUUUUUGCAGUGGAAAGAUAAUUAUGAAGUAAUGACAUUAAAUAAUGACGAAUCCACCAGUUUAGAGAAUAUAUAA